AUGUCGAACUACCCUCCGACACCUCCCGGCUACCCGUACAACGCGCCGCAGCCUUCCCAACCCCACGGCGGCCCCCCGCCUACUUCGCAGCCAUACCCCGCCGGAUCCUACGGCGGUCCGCCUUCCGGCCCGCCGCCUCACAACCAACCCUCGCCGUACUCGGCCCCUCCCGGCGCGCCGUACUCAGCCCCUCCCGGCGCGCCGUACUCGACCCCUCCCGGCGCGCCGUACUCGGCCCCUCCCGGCGCACCGUACUCGGCCCCGCCAGGACCGCAGCACCAGCACUACGGCGGAUACCCGACGCCGCCGCCGCCGUCUGCGCCGUACGGGGCUCCCUUCGCGCCGCCCCCGCCCUCGGCCUUUCCUCCCGGCACAGAUCCCAACGUGAUCGCGUACUUCCAGAUGGCCGAUCAGGACGGCAGUGGGUUUAUUGACGAUAAGGAGCUCCAGCGCGUCCUGUCGUCGUAUAACGAGAGCUUCGGGAUGAGGACCGUUCAUCUGCUCAUGUACCUUUUCACCAACAGCAACGUGAGGAAGAUAGGUCCAAAUGAAUUCACUCAAGUCUAUUACUGUCUUCAGAACUGGAGGGCAAUGUUUGAGAGAUUUGAUAGAGACAGAAGUGGCAAGAUUGAUUCAUCAGAAUUGAGAGAUGCUCUACUUAAUAUUGGAUUCUCAGUGUCCCCAGUUGUUCUUGAUCUGCUCGUCUCCAAGUUCGAUAAAACUGGUGGCAAGAACAAGGCAAUUGGAUACGACAAUUUCAUAGAGUGCUGUCUCACAGUUAAGGGACUAACCGAGAAAUUCAAAGAGAAGGACACGUCUUUGACUGGUUCAGCGACUUUCAGUUACGAAACAUUCAUGCUUACGGUAUUGCCUUUCCUCAUAGCAUAA